AACUUUGAAAUGCCAACAUCAUCUGGUGAAGAGAGGAGAAUUCUUUUGGUUGAUCGACAACAACGCGCUUUUAUUGCUUCUAAUCCACAUGCUCACUUUGGUUCACCUUCACCACAAUAUAACUCACAAUAUUUGCCACCUUCGGAUGGUCAAGAUUUGUCACAAAAUUGUUACAACACAGCGACAGCGAUAAUCAGUCCACAUGGAAGGAAUUUGAGUCACCCAACUCCUAAUUCAACACCAAGAAAUCCACAUGUUGUACAUACCAGAACUGAUAGACAGCAAGUCAGGGUGGAUCUUGCUGUUGGGAAUCAACGAAAUGGCGCUUUUUCAAACGAGGAAUUCAUCGAUAACGAUCGUUCUGCUUCUAAGGUGCAUCCGUCGUCAAUAUCGAAUCACCAUAUAAUGGAACUAGAAGAACAUCGUCAACAGCCAAAGAUGGCUCACGUUGUUAGACCUAUUGCUGCCAUUAAAGCGGCUAACGCCUCGCCAUCUGCUUUUCGAAAUGUUUCUUCUUCAAACAAACCUAAAACAUCUCCAUUGAUGAAUAGUAAGCAAUUUAUAUUUUUUGUUAAUUAUCAUUAUUAGGGAAUGUUCCUAAUGGAA